AUGGCCAGAGGGGGUGGACUCUCCAUUGAUUCCGAUCCAGCUUUGAGGAGCUCCUUCCUCUUCAAUCCCAUUGUUCUCAACUCUUUCCCUCUCGAAGACGCCUUUCAACCUCCCAUGGACUCUUCCCUCCCUUUCCCUGCAGAGAUGGACUUCUUCAGUAACAGCAAUCUCAAGCCUUCAUCUUCCAACGAUGAUUUCUCUACCCCUCCCCAUCCUCUUGAAUUCAAAGUAAACACUGGUCUCAGUCUCUUGACCACUAACACCGACCAAUCCUUGGUGGACGAUGAAUUUUCCAUAUAUCCUAAUGGUAACGUGAAACGAGCCAAUAUUGAGAUUGAUGAGGUUGCUGUUCUUCGCGCUGAGUUAGACCAGAUGAUGGGAGAGAACAGUAAGCUGAGAGACAUGCUAAAUGAGGUCAAUACUAAUUACAAUGCCUUGAAGAUGCAUACAGACUUCAUCGAGUCUCUUAAGGGCAGGGAGGACGCUGAGAAACCAGAAAACCAAGUGCCUGAUGCGAGUUCAGAAGAAAAGAAACAAACAGAUAGUAACAGAGGAACAUUAGUGUCAAGGCAAUUUAUAGAUCUUGGAUUAGCUUCAAUCAAUGAUGGUGAGGCUAAUAGUGAUGAACAUUCGCUUUCUUCGUCCGUCAGGAGAAGCAAUGACAGAUCAAGAUCACCCUUGGAAGUGGAAUGUAGGGCCAAGAUUGGUUCUGAUGAGAAGGAAUUCAACAAAGGAACUGAAAGUGAACAAGAAGCUGACAAAAUUAAUCAGAAGUAUAGUCCUCCCAGAAACGUUGAUGAUCAGCUGGAAGCCACCAUGAAGAAGGCAAGAGUUUCAGUUAGAGCUCGAUCAGAAGCACCCAUGAUUACUGAUGGAUGUCAAUGGAGAAAAUAUGGGCAGAAGAAGGCCAAAGGGAAUCCAUGCCCUCGAGCUUAUUAUCGUUGCACCAUGGCUUCAGGUUGUCCUGUCAGGAAACAGGUGCAAAGGUGUGCAGAGGAUCGAACAAUUUUGGUAACAACAUAUGAAGGAAAUCAUAACCAUGCACUGCCUCCAGCAGCAAUGGCGAUGGCACAAACAACAGCAGCAGCGACAAGGAUGUUGCUUUCAGGAUCAAUGUCAAGUAGUGAUGGUUUAAUGAAUGGAAGCUUCUUGAUAAGGACGACAUUGUUUCCUUGUUCUUCAAGUAACAUGGCAACUCUCUCGGCCACAGCUCCAUUUCCAACGGUUACAUUGGAUCUAACCAUUCCUCCAACAACACAACCUUCUACCCAAUUUCAAAUGCCUUUCUCAAAUAAUUCCCCUAAUGGUUUUACCCAGGUGUUGGCUCAAGCACUUUACAACAACAAUCAAUCAAAUUUUUCAGGACUUCAAAUGAAUAAUAAAGACCCCUUGCAAUUGAGUGCAGCUAUAGCAGCUGACCCUAACCUCACAGCAGCUUUAACGGCGGCCAUUACUUCUAUCAUGGGUUCUACCCUACCAAAGAAUGUUAACAGUGAUAAUAAUGGCAAUGUUACUAGUGGAAAUAACAGCGGUUUAAAUUUUUUUGGAAGCUAGAUAGGUGAUUAGGUCUAGAUUGACUUAAUUUCUUUUUUCUUGAGUCAGGCUCAAAAACUUGAGUUGAUUCUUUUCAGUUCUUAUUAUAUUGACAUUAUUAACUUGAGCUCGUUUUUGUUGUUC